GUGUAAUAUGUACUGUGUACAUAAAGGAAGCUUCUUGCACCAUCUGCGGGUCACAGCAGAGAUAGAAAUACUGUAUAGAAACUAAAGUGCUCUGGUGAGUUACUGAGCGAUGAAAUGGCGACAUCAAAGAUCAUGCGAGCCAUCAGAGUAUCCGAAUUUGGAGGACCCUCGGUCCUGAAAUUAUAUACCGACAUUCCCGUGCCAGUCCCAGGACACAAACAGGUGUUAAUCCGGGUGCGUGCUUGUGGGGUGAACCCAGUGGAAACAUACAUCCGGUCCGGGGCCUACACUAGAAAACCAAGCCUUCCUUACACUCCGGGCACGGAUGUGUCUGGAAUCGUGGAAGCUGUCGGAGACGGCGUGACAUCUUUCAAGGCUGGGGACCGCGUCUUCACCACUGGCACGGAUUCUGGCGGCUACGCCGAGUACACAGUGGCGCUGGAGGACUCCGUUCACCGGCUGCCGGAGAAUCUGGACUACAAACAAGGAGCUGCCGUCGGAAUUCCCUACUUCACGGCGUACCGAGCGCUCUUUCGCAAGGCCCAUGCCAGAGCUGGAGAGAGUGUUCUCGUUCAUGGAGCAAGUGGAGGGGUUGGUGUGGCAGCCUGCCAGAUCGCUCGAGCCUUUGGGAUGAAGGUGCUGGGUACCGCAGGGACUCCAGAGGGUCAGGCUCUGGUCUUGAGGUGCGGAGCCCAUCAUGUCUUCAACCACAGAGAAAAGGACUACCUCGACAAGAUCAAGGGUGCCACCGGUGGACGGGGGGUGGACGUGGUCAUCGAAAUGCUGUCCAAUGUGAAUCUGAGCAAAGACCUGCAGCUGCUGUGCCCUGGAGGGAGAGUGGCAAUUGUGGGCUGCAGAGGAUCUGUUGAAAUAAACCCACGGGACACAAUGACCAAAGAAUCCAGCAUCAUUGGUGUGAGCUUGUUCAGUGCAACAAGGAUCCUCGAACCCUCGACUGCAGCUGAUGUCUGUGCUUGUGCGCAGGAGGAGAAGACCGAAAGCGCUUCCGCCCUCUUGGCCGGGUUGGAAGCAGGGUGGUUGAAGCCGGUGACCGGUCCGGAGUACGCUCUGGAGAAGGCCUCUCAAGCCCACGAGGACAUCAUCAACAGCACAGGAGCGACGGGGAAGGUGGUCCUGAUCGUGUGAGCCGUCUCUCAGGGAUGCGGACACCACACGCCGGUGCUGGACGUCCCGGGCUCGUUAAUUGGACCAUCUCCGGCCUCUGUGUUGAAUUGGACUUCAUUGACUUUCACCAUCAAGGGAUUUGCAGAGCUUGCAAUAAAGAGGGCAUUAAAAUAAA